UUAUUUUGUUAUGUAGGAGUGAAAUCAGUGGAUAUAAACAGGAAGCAACAGAAGGUGACAGUGAAUGGAUAUGUUGAGGCAAACAAGGUGUUGAAGAAGGCAAAGUCAACAGGGAAAAGGGCUGAGAUAUGGCCCUAUAUACCCUACAACCUAGUGACUCAGCCCUACGCAGCCCAAACUUAUGACAAGAAGGCACCUCCUGGCUAUGUCAGAAGGGUUGAGAACCCAACCAGUGCCACUGUUACCAGAUAUGAAGAUCCCUACAUCUCCAUGUUCAGUGAUGACAACCCAAAUGCCUGCUCUAUCAUGUAGCUCCGCCUCAACUCAUCAGCA